AACCAGGAAGCAAGUGGUUUUUUUGAAAAGAAUUCUGCUCCGUCCGUAUUCAAACUGCAGACUGUCCUGUUCAGGUAAUCAAUGGAGGAGACUAUUCUUGUUGACCUUUUUCAUGAAAAGCUAAAACUCCCAUCUGACAGUCUGGAGAAGUGGCUAAAAGAAUUUUUAGCCACUGAGUUGAAUUGCCUCCUCGAAAGAACCCCACGUGUAUAUAUUCUCUGCGAAAACAAAGACUGUGAGAGCCAACAAGAAGGAGCAAAUCACAGUCUACUGAAGAGAUGUCCUUUUUUGAAAGACAGAGCCAUGGUAUUGGGUUAUCCCAGUUUGGCAGAUGCCUUGUAUAAUUUUAAAUUUCAAAUUGAUGAACAUGACUUAGUUACUGUGAAAAUUCUUACACCUUGGUGGAGAAAAGCAUUGCUUCAGGAAUAUCUCUCUUUGCUUUUUACUGCUGUCUAUCAGUUUUCCUUUUUACACCUUUCUUGUUCACCACAAGAUGAAAAUGUUGCCGAUGCUAUGGAUGAGAUUCUACCUACUGCCCAGCAGUCAAUACAGGUUAAUGCUGAAGUAAGCACAUUUUUAAGAAGGCUUCCAGGCCGUGGUGGAGAUAUUACAAUUCUCCAGUCAUCUGUAAUUCCAGAUGACUGUUUCUUACAUGGUUUUACUACAAGGGCAGGAGGAAUAUCUUACAUACCUACUCUGAAUUCUUUGAACAUGUUCUGCAGUUCCAGACGGAAAGAUCCUCGGGCAGUUGUUGAAGAAAACAUACGUCGAGUAGCUGAAAAAUCAGGCUUCAAUCCAAAAAGUUAUUACCUAGUUAAGGUAAACCAUGCAAAUGAUGUGUGGGUCAUGGAUACGAAUGAACCUGAAAGUUAUGAUGGAAUUGUAACCAAUAGAAGAGGUGUGACUAUUGCGGCUCCUGGAGCUGACUGCAUACCUUUGCUGUUUGCAGAUCCUGUGAAAAAAGUUAUAGGGGCAGCUCAUUCAGGAUGGAAAGGAACUAUAACAGGGGUUGCCAUGGAAACUGUGAACGCAAUGGUUAAAGAAUAUGCUUCUCAAAUAAAAGAUAUCCGUGUUGUGUUGGGGCCAUCAGUUGGCCCAUGUUGCUUUCAACUACAGAAAGAGUCAGCUAUGGACUUUCAUGCCGUCAGCCCAUCUUGCGUGAAAGAUUUAAACAUGCCUAAGCCACAUGUUGACAUAAGGUUAACAACAAGGAUCCUACUUGAACGUGGAGGUAUCCAUCCUGAGAAUAUCCAAGAUAUCGCCUUAAAUAAUGGUCAUGAUGAAAAGCAGUCAGUCCAGCUCUGUACAUCCUGCCUUCCUGACAUGUUUUACUCUCAUGUGCGAGAUGGAAUUAACUUUGGUACUCAGAUAGGCUUUAUCUCAAUAAAAGAAUGA